AUGGAGCGUGCGCCAUACCGCAAAGAGAGAGGGAAUUGGAAACAGAAACUGGACGCAAUCAGAGCUAUGUCACAUUGGUGGCGCAAGAUCCAGCAAACCCUCCCAAAGCCGAGCUCCCUGAAGAAAACUGCACGUGGAAACUUGUCGUUCCUUGAAAAGAAGUACGGCGAAGUUGCUGCCGGCAAGGACGCCAAGGAUGUCCGCAACGCGGUCAGGAAUACUGUCAAGAAGAGCGCCAGCUAUGGGAAAUCGGCACGAGACCGAGCCGAGGAUGCAACGUCAAGAGUGGGCAAGCAGUUUGUGGAAAGUGCGAGAUCGAUCCCAUCGAAGGCCGCACAGGCAGCGAAGGAUGCGGCUACAGGCGCCGUGGUAGCCGGUGGCACGGCUUCAAAGAAGAUCGCGUCGGCGGGGGCGCAAUCUGCCCGUGACAUCGGUAAACUGGCUACCGACAAGGUGUGGGACGCUGCGCCUAAGGUCGCCAGCUACGCCACCUGGACAGCACGGCGGAUAGUCUUGCUGCUCCUCGGAACAGCAUUCCUGUAUGGCGUGGGGUCGGGACUUCCUGGAGCGGUAGCACGGUACUUCACGGAGAAGGAUAGACGGCGUUACGAAGAAGGGCGGCGGAAGAGCCUAGGGGCGGACGGAGAGUCUUCUCCAUCAUCGUCGGCAAGAGCAAUGGACUUGGACGGGACGGCUGUCGUAGAAGCAGCCGGGCAAAUAUCCUCCUUGUUUGUCGUAGAAAUCGAACGAUGGUUAAGGAAAAGAUAGCACAUAUUUCUCCGAGGCGAAGGUGUCACAAUUUCUUUAUAUAUCGUGCAUCUCCCGGUUUAGGCGCAAGAGUUUUUCCACGCUGCCUCAGUCUGAGGUGCUGCCGGAAUGCCCAGUGAAAGACUACGUGCCUCCCUUUCGGACAUACCGGGACUCUCGGCAUGGCUACGACGUGCAUCGAGUCGGUAUCCUGUCGCGUGUCGCGCCGCAGCGAAACGGUGAAUCGG